AUGCUCCCGCCUCGUUUCCUCUUCCUGUCACUCGCCGCUCUAGGCCUUACCUCCGCUCGGAUUGCUCGACGCCAGGACAACUGCCCUGAGGUGCCAGACACCGGCGUCACCAUCGGCGAGCCGGUUCCCAUGAUCCCCGAACACAUCCCACAAGGAUGUUCCGACUUUGAAAUCCUAGUUGGUGAGAGAACAAGCCAAGCCUCCCGUGGCACGAGUGAGCCCAACGCGGAUGGAGGCAAGUUCGGCGUCAUCGUCGGCGACCCCGUCGUCAGCAACACUUCUGCCAUCUUGGCAGGCGCCAGGGGCUAUCCCGUCCAGUAUCCCGCCAGCGCACGAAUCAUCACCGGUGUCCGCCAAGGCUCCGCCGACGUCGUCAGCCGCCUGACCUCGCAAGCUGCCGCCUGCCCCCAACAGACCUUCGCCCUCGUCGGGUACUCCCAGGGCGCUGCCGUGAUGCACGCUGCUGCCGACGACAUUCCCAGGGCUCUGUACGGUCGCAUCAAGUCCCUCGUUAUGUUCGGGGACGGUGCUCUGCGUCUCGGCUCUAUUGGUAGUCGUUUUCCUAUCGGGUUGAACAACAAGGUGAUGCAGGUCUGCGCUGAUGGGGAUCCUACUUGCGACCGCGACGGAACUUGCACCUAUUAUCAUCUGACUUAUAUCCGACAUGAGUACGUUGACCCUGCAGUCAACCAUAUUGUCCAGGGCUUCCUUUCUGGUUGAGAGGUGUCGCUUCGGUCUCCAAAGCCCAGACGGAGUGAGAGUCAUCUAAUGGAGUUCCAAGUUGAGAGUGUUACAAUCUUUGGAGGAGGGAUUGUGUUGGCAGAAUAUGAAUAUAAGUUCUUGCGGUUGCU